ACGGCAUGUCCCUAGUUGACGGCUACUGAUUCGGAAAGAGCCUUAUUAAAAUGAUAAAAGGUCUGCGAGUUUCCUCGGAAUUGACUUUCCUGGUCUGAUACUGAUCCUUGCUGGUGCUGUUCUGUUCUGUGAAGUGUCUUCUACUAUUUCGAUUUGAGAAUCUUUCGGCAUUGCCAAUACGGUUCAAUAUCUUGGAAAAGUCUUAAGAUGACAAUCGGCGCCCAAAGUCCGGCAAAUUCUGCUGAAAAGAAUAACCUUGCUGAUAAGUUGAAAUUCGUACAGACGCAAAUAGGGGAGGAUGAAAAGCUCAAAGAACAAUGUCUCUUUCAGUUGAGAGAAUGGAUUAGCCAAAAUAGAGAUAUUGAAUACAUUCCCACAGAUGACAACUUCCUACUCAGGUUUUUGAGGUCGAAAAAAUACAGUCUGUUCUUGACGCAGCAAAUGAUCUUGAAAUAUAUGAAUUUACGAAAAAAAUUCGGACAUUAUUUCCCUGAUAUGGAUUACCAAAAGCCCGAAGCAGAAGAACUUAUUAAUUCUGGAUUCAUCUUUGCAAGUCCUUUUCGCGAUGCUGAAGGAAGAAGAGUAAUCAUAUAUAAUAUCGGAAAAUUCGAUCUCCAAAAAUUCACCAACGCUGAUUUCGGCAAGCUUUUCACUAUGACCUACGAGGCUGUGAUGGAAGAUGAAGAGACUCAACUUCUUGGCGUGAAUCAUGUUGUCGAUUUAGCAGGGGUGGGGGCUGCUUUCAGUACUCUUUUCACUGUCACAGACUUCUCAAGGCUGAUAACAUGGGGGGAGCAAUCCUACCCCAUGGCCCACAAGCAUAUCAAUCUGCUGAAUUUACCAGCCGCUCUCAGAUACAUUAUUGAUUACGCUGUAUCCUUGAUGAGCAAGAAACUGAUGCAGAGGUUUAAAAUACAUAAUUCUAAACCUUCACUUCUGGAAAACGUCAACACGGAAUGCCUACCUCAGGAGAUGGGGGGAAUCAUGCCAAUGUCUGAAAUGAUAAAACUGUGGAAAGAAGAGCUGAAACUGAAGCGAGAUCGCCUGCUCUCGCUAGAAAAAAUUAAUCUACUGAGCGAUCAAGGAAUUUUGGGUAGAAAAAACAUCGCUGAACAUUUGAGGAAUGCUGACGCACAUGGGUUGUGUGGAAGUUUUAGGAAAUUGGAAGUUGAUUGAUUAACAUAACCUGUGUGAAUUGAUUUAAAUAUAGCGGGUUUUUCAUUUCUGCUUUCAGGAAAUCUCAAGGGAAGCUUCUUCUGACUCUUUUUAACUGCAAUAUUCCCUGUCUCAAUUUCCCCUAUAGAAGUCAAAGAUACUUUCACUGACGUUGAAGAAUUUUUAUGCUAGUGAGAAAUCUAGUAAAAUUUGUUUUACGUUACCAGAAUAUAUGUUGAAUCGAUAGUGUUAAUAUUGUAUUCGAGGAAACUGAGAAAAGUAUCCUGAGUAUUCUCACAGAUUAUAGAGCAUACUGGUGAACAUAACAGACCACACUAUUUUUAUCAGGAAAUCACCCCUUGAAUUUUUUCGCAACAUCACAUUCACACCCUGUAGCACUUAAAAUUAUUAGA